AUGUCCACACCCUGCCUGGUCUGCCGCCCAUGUCCACACCCUGCCUGGUCUACUGCCACCCAUGUCCACACCCUGCCUGGUCUACUGCCGCUAUCCCACACCCUGCCUGGUCUACUGCCACCCAUGUCACACCCUGCCUGGUCUACUGCCACCAAUGUCCACACCCUGCCUGGUCUACUGCCACCCAUGUCCACACCCUGCCUGGUCUACUGCCGCCCAUGUCCACACCCUGCCUGGUCUACUGCCACCCAUGUCCACACCCUGCCUGGUCUACUGCCGCCCAUGUCCACCCUGCCUGGUCUACUGCCACCAAUGUCCACACCCCUGCCUGGCCUACUGCCACCCAUGUCCACACCCUGCCUGGUCUGCCGCCAUGCACACCCUGCCGUCUACUCCGCCAUGUCCACACCCUGCCUGGUCUACUGCCACCCAUGUCCACACCCUGCCUGGCUACUGCCACCCAUGUCCACACCCUGCCUGGUCUACUGCCGCCCAUGUCUCACACCCCUGCCUGGUCUACUGCCGCCCAUGUCCACACCUGCCUGGUCUACUGCCACCAAUGUCCACACCCUGCCUGGUCUGCCACCAUGUCCACACCUGCCUGGUCUGCCGCCCAUGUCCACACCCUGCCUGGUCUACGCCGCCCAUGUCCCACACCCUGCCUGGUCUACUGCCACCCAUGUCACACCCUGCCUGGCCUACUGCCACCCAUGUCCACACCCUGCCUGGUCUACUGCCGCCCAUGUCCACACCCUGCCUGGUCUACUGCCACCCAUGUCCACACCCUGCCUGGCCUACUGCCGCAUGUCCAUACCCUGCCUGGUUCUGCCACCCAUGUCCGCACCCUGCCUGGCCUACUGCCGCCCAUGUCCGCACCCUGCCUGGCCUACUGCCACCCAUGUCCACACCCUGCCUGGUCUACUGCCGCCCAUGUCCACACCCCUGCCUGGUCUGCCGCCCAUGUCCACACCUGCCUGGCCUACUGCCACCCAUGUCCACACCCUGCCUGGUCUACUGCCGCCCAUGUCCACACCCUGCCUGGUCUACUGCCACCCAUGUCCGCACCCUGCCUGGCCUACUGCCGCCCAUGUCAGCACCCUGCCUGGCCUACUGCCACCCAUGUCCACACCCUGCCUGGUCUACUGCCGCCCAUGUCCACACCUGCUGGUCUGCGCCCAUGUCCACACCCUGCCUGGCCUACUGCCGCCCAUGUCCACACCCUGCCUGUCUACUGCCGCCCAUGUCCACACCCUGCCUGGCCUACUGCCACCCAUGUCCACACCCUGCCUGGCCUACUGCCGCCCAUGUCCACACCCUGCCUGGUCUGCCGCCCAUGUCCACACCCUGCCUGGUCUACUGCCGCCCAUGUCCACACCCUGCCUGGUCUACUGCCGCCCAUGUCCACACCCUCCCUGGCCUACUGCCACCCAUGUCCACACCCUGCCUGGCUCUACUGCCGCCCAUGUCCACACCUGCCUGGUCUACUGCCGCCCAUGUCCACACCCUGCCUGGCCUACUGCCGCCCAUGUCCACACCCUGCCUGGCCCACUGCCACCCAUGUCCACACCCCUGCCUGGUCUACUGCCGCCCAUGUCCACACCUGCCUGGCCUACUGCCACCCAUGUCCACACCCCUGACUGGUCUACUGCCGCCCAUGUCCACACCCUGCCUGGCCUACUGCCGCCCAUGGCCACACCCCUGCCUGGUCUACUGCCACCCAUGGCCACACCCUGCCUGGUCUACUGCCACCCAUGGCCACACCCUGCCUGGUUCUACUGCCACCCAUGGCCACACCCUGCCUGGUUCUACUGCCACCAUGGCCACACCCUGCCUGGUCUACUGCCGCCCAUGUCCUCACCCUGCCUGGUCUACUGCCGCCCAUGUCCACACACCUUGCCUAGCCUACUGCCGCCCAUGGCUAAACCUUUCCGGCGUACUGCCGCCCAUGGCUGA